UUAUCCUAACAAAAAAGCUUCAAAAAAAAAAAAAAACUCGGUUUCGGUUUCAGCCACUCGAUACUUUGACUGUCUCUCGAUAUAAUCUGAUCGCUACCUCUGCUCCGAACAUCCUCGGUCGUUUACAUCAAUAGGUCUGUAGUGGGGUUUUUGGUGAUUUUUAUUUUUAAUCAUGGCUUCUUUGAAGGAUGUUCUUCCGCCAGCCAAAGCGACCACGACUUUGUAUUAUGAUCAUUCGAAUGAUCCAUGGUUCAAGCAGAGGUUUAACUUCUCUGAAACGGAGAAGUCUAGUGUUAUUAAGCAGAAUCCUGUUCCUCCUUAUUUGAAGCGUGCGGGUUUUGUUCCCCGAAAAGUAGAGGAUUUCGGGGAUGGGGGUGCAUUUCCGGAGAUCCAUAUUGCACAGUACCCGCUUGACAUGGGUAGGGACAGAUCAUCGAAGCCUGGAUCGAAGAUUCUUCCUGUUACUGUUGAUGCCCAUGGCAAUGUUGCCUAUGAUGCGAUUGUGAGGCAGAAUGAGAAUGCCCGCAAGAUUGUUUACUCAGAUCAUAAAGAUCUUAUUCCAAAGGUUUUGAAAAAUGAUAGUGAAGAGAACGAUGAUGAUGAUGAUGAUGAGCUGCAGAAAGAGAUUGAGGAGACAACCCAAGAGACAAAAGCUGCACUUGAAAAGAUUGUGAAUGUGAGGUUGAGUGCGGCACAACCAAAAAAUGUGCCAAAACAGAAUUCUGACUCAAAGUUUAUAAAGUAUAAGCCGUCACAGCAAUCAGUUGCAUUCAACUCAGGUGCUAAAGAGAGAAUAAUCAGGAUGAUGGAGAUGCCCGUGGAUCCGCUUGAGCCACCUAAGUUCAAGCAUAAGCGUGUUCCAAAGGCGUCUGGGUCCCCACCUGUGCCAGUGAUGCAUUCUCCUCCUAGGCCAGUGACCGUGAAGGACCAACAGGAUUGGAAAAUCCCACCUUGCAUUUCAAAUUGGAAGAACCCAAAAGGUUAUACAAUUCCUCUUGAUAAACGUCUUGCAGCUGAUGGCAGGGGCCUUCAAGAUGUCCAGAUCAAUGAUAAUUUUGCAAAGCUUUCAGAAGCAUUGUAUGUUGCAGAGCAGAAGGCUCGAGAAGCUGUAGCAAUGAGAUCAAAGGUUCAAAAGGAGAUGAUGAUGAAGGAGAAGGAACGGAAAGAACAGGAGCUGAGGGCACUAGCUCAAAGGGCACGCUCGGAGAGAACUGGUGUGGCACCCCCUGCUGCUGUUCCAAUCCCCACUGAGAAGAAUGCAAUGGAUAACUCUGAUAUGAGAGUCGAUUAUGAGCAUGCAAGGGAAAGAGAGAAGGAUAUGCCUAAGGAGUCGAGGGAGGAAAGGGAAGAACGCAUGCGGCGUGAAAAAAUUCGAGAGGAGCGACGUCGAGAAAGGGAGAGGGAGAGAAGGUUGGAAGCCAAGGAUGCUGCUAUGGGGAAGAAGAGCAAGAUCACAAGAGAUAGAGAUCGUGAUAUUAGUGAGAAGGUUGCUCUUGGCAUGGCUUCUGCUGGAGCAGGAAGAGGAGGAGAGGUUAUGUAUGACCAAAGACUUUUUAACCAGGAGAAAGGAAUGGACUCAGGAUUUGCAACUGAUGACCAGUACAAUGUGUAUGACAAGGGCUUGUUUACUGCUCAGCCAACACUUUCAACUUUAUACAGGCCAAAGAAAGAUGUCGAUGCAGAGAUUUAUGGUGGCGCAGAUGAGCAAUUGGAGAAGAUCGUGAAGACUGACCGCUUCAAGCCGGAUAAGGGCUUUGGAGGGGCAUCUGAAAAGGCUGCUCCAAGAGAUGGACCACUUGAGUUUGAGCAGGUGGCUGAAGAGGCAGAUCCAUUUGGACUGGAUCAGUUCUUGACAGAGGUGAAGAAGGGUAAGAAAGCCCUCGAUAAAGUUGGUAGUGGUGGGACUAUGAAAGCAAGUGCUGGAUCUUCAAUGAGAGAUGGCUAUGACGGAGGUUCCAGUAGAACUCGCAUUGGAUUUGAAAGAGGGCGUUAAGUUUUUUUUUGUUGGGAUGAUAUGUAUUUCUGUUUAUUAAAGCUGGAAAGCUAUCAUAUUUUUUUGGUUGCUGAUCUGCUUGAUGUGCACGGUAUAAUUGCUUUUCCUUUGAGAUUAUCUGUUAUCCUUUCCUUUUCUUAAAUUUCAGUUUUUUUGUUAUA